UUCAUUUGUAUUACGGACCAGAAACAAAAUGGCCGCGGCGAGAAAAAAAUAUACGUUUACAUGAAAAAAACUGUUAUUUAAAAGUGAAAAAACUUGUUAGUGAAUUCAAAAUACUGUUUGAAAGUGUACCCUAGUAAUUUAUUAAGACUGUAGUGCUAAAAUAGUUUAGUUUUAAAAGUGAUUUCGUUGGCAAAACCCGAAUAACGACAUGCAGUCGUCAAGCGUAGGUGGUACCUAUCAAGGGUAUCAGGGCUACCCAUACGUGAGACCAAUCGUCACCGAAAUACCGACUGUCGAUGCACAAACAGUCACGAUAGUCCAGCCCCCAAGCCAAGCGAGCAACCCCUACCCUCGAUACCAAGGAUACCCAUACGUGAACCCCAUAGUAACAGAUGUUCCUACAGUUGACCCUCAAACAGCAGCGAGAUGGGCCAACCUACCACGAAGACCAUUACAGACUGAUGGACCCAGAGCCGGCACGAGCUAUGGAUCUACUAGUCCUCAGACGCCCACAAGACCCAACACAUCAGGGAAUGCAGAGGCCACCAAACGGGACAUCGAUGAGACCCCAGUGGUCUACAUCGAUAUGCCUGAAGCUGGCAGCGAAGUAUCACAGAGCAUCGUCACCCCUACUGAUAAUGAGCCGGAAUUCGUACAGGACACAAUCAUGUACGAUCCGUUUGAAAACCGAAGAAUUGACGUUGUGAAAGAUGAAACAAGAUCUGGAGCGUCUUCCGAGUCAGGAUCUUCAAGUUCAUUACAUCAUCAGGCUGUUAGGCCGAACACCUUGAAUCUAGCUGGAGCUAGCUCAAGUGCAGAGACGCCAGGCUCUUCAUCAUCAAGGCAAACUCCACUAAUGCCAAGUUUUUUGGCUAAGGAGAGUCAAGUAUAUGGGGGGAAUACUUCAGAUGGCUUUCCUUUAUCACCCAUUCCCAUUUCGGAGUUUCCAGAGCCGCCUCCAGCUUAUACGGAGACUGCUGUUGCUCAAUCUCCGUCUCCAACGAGAGAGCCUGCUAGAGAGACGCCCAGAGAACCCAUUCUGGAACCUUUACGAGUGGAGUCUGUAAGGAGAGAACCGGUGUAUUCUCCUGCACCUAUGACGCAGGUUAUCACUUCAAAUUACUCCAGUCCAGUGACAAAUCUUCCUCUAUCAGCGAUGAACUAUGAACGGAAGAACCUGAUCUGCCACCAUUGUGGUUCUAGAGUGCAUACGCUGGUCGUCAAGGAAAAUGGGCCCUUGACACAUGUUAUAGCCUGCGUUCUCUUCUUUAUGUUUCCCCUCUCAAUUUUCUGCGUUUACUGCACUGACUACUUUAAAUACAACAACCACUACUGUCCGAGUUGCAACAAUCAAAUCGGUUACGUGUCUCCUGUAGUGGGUAAAAAGGUUAAUUAUAUCACAUAAGCUAGUCUGUUCAUCUUUAGUUGAAGUAAUAUUAAGAUAUAAGUAUGUAUGUAUGUAGGUAGGUACAUUAGACAUCGUAGUAUUAAAAGCUGAGA